CACCAUCCCCAAUAAAGCAAGUCAGCUUUCCUCCCCAACCUCAACCUCAACCUCAACCUCACUCUUUAAUGUCACUCAUCCUUCUUCCCCUUCCAUUUCUCAGUACACCACUAUGACGUGCUUCCUCUGCUUACUCAUUUUCCUAUUUCUCACUCUCCUGCCUCUGCUGCCUGCAUUACCCAAUCAAGAUGCCGUCCAAUCCUUUCUACCAACCCCAUCUUCGCCGGCCACCACCAUCCCCGCAUUCCCGGAACAAUCCGACGCCUCCGGAUGCCCCUUAGACCUCCCCGACGAUCUCUUCACAAGCGUUAAAUCAGCUUGCACCGGCAAACAUGGCUCGGGUCCGCUUAGACGCUCAAGGUGCUGUCCAGUCCUUGCCGCCUGGAUGUACUCCGCUUACUCUGCAACCGCACUGGGCAGAGCUGUCAAAGAACCCCUUCAAACGGCAUCUUACUAUGAUCUUCCGCUCCUCCCCAACGAUUCAGAGACGUGCAUUGAUAGGCUUGAAAAUGGACUGAAGAGCAAAGGAAUAGAGUUGAUGCGAUUGAACGAGUCGUGCGACGUUGUCUACUGCGAAUGCGGCAUCAGAUUACAUCCGUUGAGCUGUACGGAAACGUUUUCGGUAAAUUCUGAAGGGGAUUUGGUUGGGAAUCCGAAAGUAAAGAGGUUAGAGAAGGAUUGCUUGAAUAAUGUGGCCGUUAAUGGCUUCGCUGGUCUCAAUGGUUGCUCCAAAUGCUUGAAAACUCUUCAUCUGCUUAACAAGGAUGAUGCUGUAAACACAAGCAAACGAGAGGAGAGACGCAGUAAAAUGCACAAUGAAGAUUGUGAGCUGAUGGGUCUAACGUGGCUUCUUGCCAAGAACAGGUCAGCAUACAUACAUACGGUUUCUGCUGUCCUCAGAGCCACGAUGAUGAGCACAGAUGGUAAUUCCAUUCCAGAGUCAUGUACCCUUAACAGUGAUGGAAUGCCAUUAGCCGUUGAUUCAUCUGAAAUCAAUAACUCUUCAUCACCCAGUAUCAUCUAUUCUCCUUUCCUCUCUUUAAUUUUCGUUUGUAUGUAUGUAUGUGUAACUGUUACUCCAUCGAUUCGCCAACUACUUCACAGCAUGUAGACUUGUGUGGUGUUUGCAAUGUGCUGGGGAUCUGUCUUCUUUGUAUUUGUUAUUAGGUGCAAGGAAAUGUAAUUCUUUGUUGUAUUUCGGAGUUCUUUUUUCCUUC